AGCAGAGGUCAUAGGUCAUUAUAAAUUUGUCCAACAACCCGGCCCCUGAUAGAAUAUUCUGAUUUCAUGGUUUCAUUUUCAUCAAAGCUGUUAUAUACUCUUUGUUUUCAUCCAUAAUAAAAACAUACUGUGUAGAAAGUUGUAAAGAAAUGUUAUAUGAGUUUGCUGAAAUAUCCUGAUUUUUAUCUGUAUCCAACAUUUGAAACUCCAUCCUAACAUGUUAGGAUGCCAGGAAACAAUACAUGUGCAACACAGUCAUUCAGUAGUUACAGAAAGCUUGUCAUCAAGAACACUUCAGAGGACCAUGUUAGAAUUCUUACUAAGCUUUACGAAGCACAGAAAAGUGACUUCUUGACCGAUGUUACUAUUGUAGUUGAUGAGUGCGCAAUUUCCUGCCAUGCACAAGUUCUUUCAUCUGCCUCGGGUUAUGUGAGAAACAUUCUUCAACAUGGAAACAUACAAAAUUCAGAAAUUCCAUUACAAGGAAUUUCGAAGAUCACACUAACUCGUAUUUUGGAGUACAUCUAUACUGGACGUUUGCUUCUCACUCGAUGGUAUGCCAAAGAUCUCCUAGAGAGGGCCAUAUUUUUACAGCUUCCAGAACUGGUUCAAGUAUCAAGAGACUUCCUCAAAUCCUCUGCUACAUCUCACGAAAAGAUCAUUGACCAUUCUAGCAUUAUAUAUCAUAGAAUCGUGCAAACCUUCAAAAAACUGUGGAAUGAUUCUGCAACAACUGAUGUGGUUGUGACCUCCAACUCCACUGAUUACUUUUGCCAUCGUUUAGUCUUAUCUGUACGAAGUGACUAUUUCUAUGCUAUGUUUGGAUCAAAUAUGGAGGAAAAUUGCAAAAGAUGUGCUAAACUUGAUCAGAUAGAUCCAUUAACCCUUGGAAAAACAAUAGCUUACCUCUACUAUCAAAAUGUUGUGAUUGAAGCAGAGGAAUUAUUUGAUUUGAUGGAAGUGGCUGACAUGUUGCAAAUGCAAAACCUCUGUAUAGACAUUUCGAAAAGUGUGAUGAAAGAAAUUACUGUAGAGAAUAGCAUCGCUGUCUUUAUGUUCUCAAGCCUUUUUCAUGUUUACCGCCCUCUAUGUGAAGCAACAAAGAAAUACAUCCAGCAAAAUUUCUUGCCAGUCAGUGAGCAUGAAAACUUUUUAUAUGUGACAGAUGUCAAUUUGAUUGAUAUUGUAUCAACAUCAAACAUUCUUCUACAUUCACCCAUUGUGCUUCUCAAGGCCCUGAACAGAUGGUAUAAACAUGACUUAAAGAACAGGACUAAUCUGGUAUCUAACGUCCUUAAAGUUUUGAAAACACAUCUAAAUCCAUCUAGCUACAGUGGCCUAGAUCUGUCAUGUAACUAUGGACCAGAGAUUCAAAUGCAUCUGUCUGGAGUGAAGUUUUACAGGCAGUUAUCACCAUUACAACGAUUGAGACCUGCCCUUAAUGUUUCUGCAAAUGGAUCAGAAAAAUUGGCACAGAAUGAAACAAUUGUGAUGUUUGUAUGGACUCCUUCCGCCGAGAACGUUGCCAAUGAUAAUAGCAACGCAGCACCUGCAAUGCAGCGACUUCAUACGUGCUGCUUUCAUCCAGAUUCCAACUCUAAUUUUGGAUCAUGGUUUGACUACGACAGCCUCCAGAUAGUCCCUUCCCAGAAGGAUUCAACCUAUUCAAUGUGGACAUCAUUAGCAAGCCUUGGAAACGGAACAUUGCUUGCUGUCACGCAGCAAAGACAGUUGCUUGUCAUUGAGCUUAGCACUAAUUCUGCUAGAUCUAUCCCACCACCUUGCAUCCUCAAAAGCUAUUGCCAAGUUGUAAGUUUAGACAACCAUGCCUAUCUACUUGUCAUUGAUGACACUGGUUAUGGAUCACUUUUUGGCUAUGACCAUGAAUUGGAAUCAUGGAAGAAUCUGAGUCCACCACCGUCAAAAAUCUCCAUGAGUUACCGCCCCAUAUUUGCUGAGUGCAUUGGAAAGAUCUUUCUAAUUGAAGAAUUUUGCGAACAGGUUUACGAACCUACUCUUGAUUUGUGGAGUACAAGAAAACACACAAGCAUACCUUCCUUCCAAAAACUACGAGACAUGAGAGCAGUGCCCUUUAAUGAGUUCCUGAUACUUAGCAAUUGGAAUAACUUCUAUUUCUAUGAUACAUUCACUGGUUUCUGGGCUAAGGGCAACAGUGAUUACCAAGGAAUCCCCUUAAAGUGCAGAGGCAGUUUGUUCUCAAUUUUACCUGACUUUUUGACAGGGUUAUUGACAGUUAAACAUAUUCCAAGUAUUUCUGCAUCCAAGGAACAACUGUCCAUAUCCUCCAAGAACCUGUCAAAUCAUAUAAUUGGAAUACAGUGUGUUGCUGUUCCAGCUGUUGCUAUAACCAAAGACCUAAUUUCAGUUUAAUUGAUGGAAAUAGCUUUUACAUUGUAUAAGCUUGUUUUUAUAAUCACAGAAUAUGAUCAAAAUUUUAGAAACAAAAACAAAUUGUAUAAAAUUUUCUUGAGCAAUACAGGAAGUGCUUAUUAUUUUUUUUGCAUAUAAACAGUAAUAACAACAAAAACACAUUUUCAGAAACAAAUUAACUAAUUUAAUCAGAAUAUCAUGUAGGAAAUGCUAUAAAUCACAAUUUGAUAAUAAAAACGACAAAAAUAGAAAAUAUGGCAAACUAUUAAUUCUAGCUCUCGACAGAAAUACAAAUCCAAAAUUUCCCUCUCGCAUAUUAAAGAAUAAUACCAGAAUUACUGAUGAAUUCCAAAUUUCAACUGAAUUCAAUAUAUAUUUUGUCAAAACUGGGCAUAAACUCUCCCAAUCAAUUAGAUCAUCCGAGGCCAAUUUUCAACAUAUAUUAAUCCGCCUAACAACCAUUCAAUGUUCCUUACACCUGUAACAGACAAGGAUAUAAUUGACAUAACAGACAAUUUCAAAAAAUAAUAAAAGUCCCGGACAUGAUGACAUUCACCCUAAUGUUAUCAAGAAAAUAUCUCCUUUUAUUUGUAAACCUUUAUCUCAUAUUUUCAAUAUCUCCUUUAAAUCUGGAAAAUUUCCUAAUGCUCUAAAAGUAGCAAAAAUCAUACCAAUCUAUAAAAAAAUGACCCUCAUCAAUUAAACAGCUAUAGGCCAAUUGCAAUACUCCCAUGUUUUUCAAAAUUACUUGAAAAAUUAACUCGUUUAGAAUUGUUUUCGCACAGCACAUUCCCCUGAUCUUGCACUUCUCCAAUUUAAAAAAAAUAUACA